AUGGCUUUUGCGGGACAGAAUUGGAAAGAACGAACGAAUUGGGAUGAGCUCUGUUCGUACGCCACGGAGCUCAACCAUGGGCUCUGCUGCCACCUGCUCCCGGACCUGACGAACGGCCUACACCAUGUCGCUCGGGUGCUGGAGUUUGAGGAUGGGAGUCGCUGGCUUGCGCGGAUUCAGAUGGCGGCGUCGACCAAGACAACGGCCGCAAAGUUACAGAACGAGAUUGACGCCAUGAUGCUCAUCCGCGAACGAACUCGCAUCCCCGUUCCCAGGGUGUUUGGCUACAGAAUUGACGACAACCACUCGAUCGGCUGCGCCUUCAGUCUAACCGAGUUCUUGCCCGGAAAUGUGGCCACUGACUUCAAUGGCGGCUACGCAACCCACCAAGGCCAAAUCCCCGCCCAACACAGGAAGAACUUCUAUAGAUCUGUUGCACGAAUUCAUGUGCAGAUGGCAUCGCUACGCUUCCAUAAGAUUGGGACAAUCGUCCGGGCAGAGGACGGUUCUUACACCGUCGGCCCCUUUACUGACAUUGGUGGACCAUUUGACACUGCCACGGAUUUCUUCGAAGCUUGGGCGGACUAUGCCAAGUUUCCCCUAUCUCCUGACAAGAUACGGAAGAGCAUGCAAGGGGGCCCCGUGGAAGAGGUCCUCACGUCUAUCCUGGAAUUUCCAUCAACCGUUCGUGCAAUGGCUCACCAGCUGUCCUCCUCCGACCAAGGGCCAUUUCCCGUCGUGCACGCGGAUUUCUUUCACAGCAACAUCAUCGUUGACCAGGGAUACAACAUACUGGGCGUCAUUGACUGGGAAGGCGCGUGUACGGUACCAUGGGAACUAGUAGAGUUCCCGCUGUUUCUGGAGAUAGUCCCCCGCCCGAUGGAUGCUCCUUGGAACUAUGAUGAUGAGAACGGCCAGCCACUGGAUGAAGGAACAAGGUUGCGAUGGCAGGAGAGAAGCGAAUACACGCAAAUGGUGGCAGAAGCCGAGAAGUCUGAACUGACCGACUCGAAAUUGUCGGAAACCCUUGCGGACCAAAGAGCACAGAACCUGGCGUAUGCACUAAGAGUCUACCGUAAUCCAGGGAAGUUAGGAUUCUACACGAAAAUUUUUCAGAAAGAGGAACUAAAGGAUGAGCAGGCAGAAUGA